AUGGAUUCAGAAGCUUCUUGUUUCAGAAUCUUAAUGUUUCCAUGGUUAGCUCAUGGACACAUAUUCCCAUAUCUCGAGCUCGCCAGAAGAAUCUCGAAGAAGAACAACAACAACUUCCACAUACACUUGUGUUCAACCGCCGUUAAUUUCAAUUCAAUCAACUCCUUCAUCGAAAAGAACUCACUACAAAACUCCAUCGAAACAGUAGAGAUCCAUCUACAUUCUGAUCUUCCUCCGCACUACCACACGACCAAGAAUCUCCCGACAAAUCUCAACUUCACCCUAAUCAAAGCCUUUCAGACAGCAAAAUCCAGCUUCUCGGACAUCGUCACCACUCUGAAACCUGAUUUGGUCAUUUACGACAUCUUCCAACCGUGGGCCGCCGGAAUUGCUUCGUCGCGAGGAAUCCCGGCCGUUCAUUUCGCCGCUCUCGGAGCGGCAAAGAUGACGUUUUUCCACCGUCAAGCUACCGCUUGCUCGGACGGUGGUGAUUUUCCUUUCCCGGCAAUAUAUAUUCGGCCCCAUGAGAAGAAACGUAUGGAUGGUGUGUUUGAUUUCAUGCGUACGCAUGUUUUCGACGACGACGGAGAUGUUUUUUUCGUGAACUACAAACUAUCUUCCGAGGUUGUUCUGCUAAAGACCGGUAGAGCGUUGGAAGGGAAGUACGUCGACUACGUUUCCACCACGUGCGGGAGAAAACUACUACCUGUCGGCCCACUCGUCACAGAUGUUUGUGAAAAUGCCGAAGAGAGCAACUCGGAUGUAAUGAAAUGGCUUAGCAAGAAAGAGCACCAUUCGACCGUGUACAUCUCUUUCGGCAGCGAGUGCUUCUUGUCCGAAGAAGAGAUUAAUGAAAUAGCAAAAGGGCUCGAGCUCUGCGAUGAACGAGUUAACUUUAUAUGGGUCGUCAGAUUUCCGGUCGAGGACAAGACAAUCACUAUAGAAGAGGCACUUCCUUUGGGAUUUCUCGACAGGGUGAAAGACAGAGGAAUAGUUGUGUCUGAAUGGGCCCCACAGGCUAAUAUAUUAGCACAUCCGAGUACGGGCGCAUUCGUAAGCCACUGCGGGUGGAGUUCUUUAACCGAGAGUAUAUAUUAUGGAGUUCCGGUUAUAGCUAUGCCGAUGAAACUCGCCAUGUUUGUGGAUGCUCGGAUGUUAGAAGAGGCCGGUGCUUGUGUGGAGGUUUCGAGAGAGGGAGACGAAGCGUUUAAGGGAGAAGAUGUAGCGAAUGCGAUACGUAAUGUGAUUGUGGAAGAGAGUAUUGGAGAAGGGUUGAGGCUUCGAGCUCGAGAAUUGGGUGGGAAGAUGAGAAUCGAAGAGGAACAAUUGAUCGAUGACGUGGCGGAGCAUCUUCGGUAA